CCUGGAACACAUCAAACACACGCAACGUGCAAGGUGACAGCAUUCUCGGCAGCAUGGCUCUCUUCUCCGUCUUCACGAUCAUCCGAGCCAUCUCGCUCUUCCACAUCACGCUGGCCUACUUCUUCCUCACCGCGCCACGGAUGAUUGCAGACCAGAACAUGGUGUACGUUCUCGGAGAAGCGUUAAGACUGCCUCAUGUUACCAGCCUCGACAAACCUAACGAUGCCUCCGCCUUCAUCGCCGUGCUCCUCGCCUUCCUUGGCAUCGCUGAUCUUACCGGCGCUUCGCUGAACGAACAAAUCGCCGUCGACUACUGGCUCUCGAAUGUGCCUGUCCGCUUGACCUUUCUGUUCGGCUUGUCGGGCUACAUCUACCUGUUCAAAGAUGAUGGAGUAUUUGGGUCGAAAUCGCUGCUGCGACGCGCGAGCGCGGGGGACAACGUGCGGAAUAGCUUGGUAUUUGCGUGGGCGUUCGUGGAGACUGCGACAUGGUUCUGGAUCUUCACGAGUUUGCGCGAGGAAAAGCGAGAGCAGAUGCGUAGGAUGCAAGAGAGGCUGCAAGCCGAGCAGGAUCGCUUGUAAUCGGGAGCGCGUGACAUCGGAUCGUUUUCGGCUGGAGCUUGUUCACUGAUCAGACUGGCCAACCACUUGCAGAUAUGGCCUUAAGGUACGACAAUGGAUUGCCUGCUGCUGAUGGUGAUUCGGAUGCGACUGGGCAAUGCGCGCUGGCCGUGGUAGCACCGAGACAGGUGUCAGACGGGUACAAGUGGCCAUGAACUACGACCAAGCAAUCAUGAGCCGGCAUUCGAAAUGCUAGCCUCAUAUGACCGUGAUGGGCUGGCCAAGGAUGUGCAAUCCACAACCAUCCACGUGCUUGUUGAUUGAUAUCUACACCUGAUUCAUCUAAGCUUAUGACCAUUCCUCAUUUCAAACCGAUCCCGGCAGAUGCGAGAGGACCAGGCCAUGAUGUUCAGGUCCAAGGUAGAGAUGGACUCAGAGAUGGAUGUACUUAUGAU